AUGUGCACCAACCCUGGUCGCCCGCAUCUAGCUGCCACCGACGGGCAGCGUGGCAAAUAUCUUGCUCUCAGCUACGUCUGGGGCGGGGAUCAAGUCCACAAAACCACGACGUCGAACAUAUCAGCCUAUGAACACGGCAUUGACCUGGGCCUUCUGCCUGCAACAAUUCGCGAUGCAAUCCACGUCACUCGCGCCCUCGGGUUUCAGUCGCUCUGGGUCGACAGCCUGUGUAUCAUCCAAGAUUCCGACGCCGAUAAGCGUCGUGAGCUGGGGCGCAUGCAUCGCAUCUACCGCGACGCAUACCUGACCAUCAUCGCUGCCAGCGCCCAGAACGUCGGCGAAGGGUUCCUCCAGGAUCGGCCAACCCCAGCGCACACCUUCACUCUCCCUUUCGUCUGUCCCACACAUCCUUCCCUCUCGACGAGCACUCCAGAACAACUCGAACUGACGCAGCACCAGGUGCUUGGCACGAUACAGCUCUCUCCGAAAUUCACCUCUGCAGAUGGGGACGUAGAGCUCUACAGUCACGCCUCCGAGCCCAUCAGCGCGCGGGGCUGGUGCAUGCAAGAGUACUUCAUGUCCCCGCGCGCGCUCAUCUUCACCUCGCAGACGCUCCAGUUCCGUUGCCAGACCGCCACACGGAGCAUCGGACACGCGUUCUACAACCCUUUCCACGAACGCCGCCUGCCGGACGCGCUCCUCCUCCCGGACCCGCCCCUUCUGCAGCACGGCUCCCUGGAUCUCAUCGGCGUACAUCACGCCUGGCAGGACCUCGUGACGGACUACAGCCGACGCGCAGUGAGCAGCGCAUCAGACAGGCUCGUUGCGUGCGGUGCGCUUGCAGAAGCGUUCUCGCAGGUCCUGCGUUGCGACUACCUCGCGGGCCUGUGGCGGGACCGUCUCCUCGCGCACCUCCUGUGGUUCAAGCGCCAGAACGCGCACAUGCCCCGCCCGGCUGCGUAUCGCGCGCCCUCCUGGUCGUGGGCGGCAGUCGACGGGGGUGUCGAAACGAUGGGCCGGGAUACUAAGGCUGCGCUGGACAAGCUGGCGUGUGCAGAGGUUGUCGGCUGCGAGGUCAUGCUCGAGGACGCUGCGCUUCCGUUCGGACAGGUAGUCGCGGGGACGCUCGUUCUGCGCACGCCGCUGAUGCGAUGUAUACUGGUCCACCAAGACGCGGGUGCGCGUGGAAUUCGGCUGCAGUCUGCGCACCAGGCGAGGCUCUGGCAUGGCGUCGGCGGGUCAGACGACGAACGCGAUAUCGAUGUGGACCCUAGGCAGACUGGAUGGGCCUACCUUGACAGCGAGGACGAUGCGGGGGUACGGUUGACAUGGACAGCCCCACUGGUGCGGAAUGAAGACUUCAUGGAGGGUCUCCUGCUCGCGCUCGAUGAGUCAGCGGGCUCAGCGACGUCGGCCACUGGGAAGAUCUAUCGCAGGAUUGGAUGGCUCUACGCAAGGAGAAAGGGAGAUCCUCUACCAGAAUCCGACUGGUACGACUAUCCGUCGGUCAAUGUCGAGCUUGUAUAG